UGCGCAUGCGUACUAAAGAGGGUGCUGCUGGAGGUUAACUAUUAUACAACGCAUUUUAGUCUGCAUUUUUCUCACGAAAUUUAACGAUAGCGGUCAGAUAUAGAGCCAUGAAUCCUGAUAUAAAGAGAGAACGUGAAAAUGCGACAUUUGAUGUCAGUAAACUCACUAAUAUUUUGGACCAGGGCCAGGAGAAGACCAGAAGAAGACGAGAAAUUGAGUCACUGGUUUUCAAAGACCCAGACUUCAAUGAGCAGGACCCAAACUUCUUGUCCCGCAGUGAGCGCUAUGACCAGGCUGUUCGAAAAAGUGCCCAGAUGAUCCUGAAGCUCAGGGAGUUUGGCAUUGCUGACCCAGAGGAGAUCUAUCACUAUAAGAGUAUGGCUAAAGGAAACCAGACUGAAGCUUUGGGGCUACACUUUACCAUGUUCCUCCCAACCCUGUACAGCCAGUGUGACCCUCAGCAGUCCAAGAUAUGGUUGCCUCUGGCAAAGUCCUUCCAGGCUGUUGGCACAUAUGCCCAAACUGAGCUGGGUCACGGCACACACCUUAGAGGCCUGGAGACCACAGCCACAUAUGAUCCAGCCACACAGGAGUUUGUGCUGAACAGUCCCACUGUCAGCUCCAUUAAAUGGUGGCCUGGAGGACUUGGAAAGUCUUCAAACCAUGCCAUAGUUUUAGCCCAGCUUUACACUCUUGGAAACUGCCAUGGUCUUCAUGCGUUCAUUGUACCAAUCCGUGACAUGAACACACAUGAGCCCCUGCCAGGAAUCGUGGUUGGUGAUAUCGGACCCAAGUUUGGCUUUAAUGAAGUUGACAAUGGCUACUUGAAGUUGGAGAACGUACGGAUACCACGAAACAACAUGCUGAUGAAAUAUGCCAAGGUGGAGCCAGAUGGAACCUAUUUGAAACCAAAAAGUGCCAAGUUGACCUACGGCACCAUGGUGUUUGUCCGAUCCAUGAUUGUAGGCGAGUCAGCUCGGGCCCUUGCAAAGUCCUGCACCAUCGCCGUCCGCUACAGCGCUGUCCGUCACCAGUCUGAAAUCCGGCCUGGAGAACCAGAGCCUCAGAUCCUCGACUACCAAACGCAGCAGUACAAACUGUUCCCUCUGCUUGCCAUGGCCUACGCCUUCACGUUUGUUGGCCAGUACAUGACAAAGAUCUACCACCGCAUCUCUGGAGACAUCAACCAAGGGGACCUCAGUGAGCUGCCGGAGCUCCAUGCCCUGUCUGCAGGCCUGAAGGCCUUCACCACAUGGGAAGCCAACUCUGCCAUUGAAGUGUGCCGCAUGUCUUGCGGUGGCCACGGAUACUCUCGUAGCAGCGGCUUGCCAGACAUUUAUGUUGAGUUUACCCCAACCUGCACCUACGAGGGAGAGAACACUGUCAUGAUGCUGCAGACUGCCAGGUAUCUGGUGAAGAGCUACCGGCAGGCCAAGGAAGGCCAGCAACUGAGAGGCAUUGUCUCGUACCUGAAUGAGUCACAUGAUCGGAGGCUUCAGCCACAGGCCGUCGCUGCCAGACCAACUGUGGUUGACAUUAAUGACCUGACUAGCCUGGUGGAAGUCUACAAACUGCGAGCUGCCAUCUUAGUAGAGAUGGCAGCAAAGAGCAUCCAGCAGGAGCUGCAGCACAGGAAGAGUGAGGAGGACGCCUGGAACAGCAGCGCCAUCGACCUGGUCAGAGCUUCAGAUGCCCACUGUCACUAUGUUGUAGUGAAGGUAUUUACUGACAAGCUGGGGGAGAUUGGUGACACUGCCAUACACUCAGUUCUGUCUACGCUGGCUCUUCUCUAUGCCAUGAAUGGUAUCACAAAGAACUCUGGAGACUUCCUACUGGCUGGACUGCUGAAUGUGCCCCAGGUGCUGCAAAUUUCUGUUCGCAUCAAAGAGCUUCUGUCUCAGCUGAGGCCCAACGCCGUGGCUCUGGUAGACGCCUUUGACAUCCAUGACAAGAAGCUGAAUUCAGUGCUAGGUCGUUACGAUGGAAACGUCUAUGAGCAAAUGUUUGAGUGGGCUCGCUCCUCACCUCUCAACGCCACAGAGGUCCAUGAAUCCUUCCACAAGUACCUGAAGCCUCUGCGGUCCAAACUGUGAGCUCAUCAAUGAACCUUUACUCCCAGCUGAAACCCUUUAACUGUGUACAAGGAACAAGCUUAACACUAGUUAUCUGUCAGAUCAACCUCCCGACUCAUCUUUCCCUUUUGUAGUAAAGUGGGACACAAUAAACCAUCUUGAAAACUGUAAACUAAACCUAUAGUUGGGGACAUUGAAUGGACAUAGUAAGACUAGUCUGAACCCACAAAUAGCUUGAAGAAUAUUAAAACCAGUCAUUUAUUUACAGUUUUAGAUGGUCUCAUUCUUUGAAAAGAGCUUCCAUCUUAAAUUUUAUUAGGAUUUCAUGUUUCAGUGUCUUAUUUUCACUUUUCUGCUGUGCCUAAAGCUUUCUGUCUGUUGGCAGCACAAAAUGAACAUUUCUUUAUCCUAACAGUCUAUAAAUAGGAAUGUUAAAGGUUAGAAUAAUUAUACUAACUACAAAAUUGAAAUAAGUGUAAGAAACGGUACUUUUGUUUUUUCUAUCGAUAUGCAAACAGAUAUUAUUAAGGAGGACAUUUCUCAAUGACUAAGCUUCAAUGAAUUUCACUGCGUUGAUGCAGCCUCCUUUCUGCACAAUUCAGACGACUACGUACCUUUAAGGUCUAACAUGACUGACUUAAACAACACUUGCGCUGUUUGCAUUGGGCAAAUUUCCAGUAGCUUGCAACCUUUUAGUAUCAAAUGCCCAGUGGGUGACCAUGUUGGCAGUUUCCUCCUUUGCACAGAACACUGUUAGAAUCCAUUUUAUCAAGUCUCCCACUUGACAGUUUUCCAUUAAUAGAAGCUGAACCCGGAGGACACCUGACAGGCCUUCAGUGGCGGUUUCAGUUCAGCACUUUUAGAUCCUAAAUUCUUCAUUUUGUGAGAAAAUGAUUUCUCACUAGUAAAUAUUUCCUCUGCAAACGUGAAUGUGUUUGAAUGGCAGAAACUUUUCUGCAGAUAAUGCUGCAGGAUGAGGUUUCUACGCUGUCUAAAGAGCAUGCUAGGAGGACAAGUAGUCUGAACCUCCGGUGGUUUUUGAGCACUUACUAGGCCACAUGUGCACAGUAAUAAUGUCUGUGCUUAUGUAUUAUUCCUCCCUACCAUGUGGGGUUGAUAAGUUAAGAAGGGUUACACCCCAGUCAAUUUCUGGAUGGUUUCUUUUGUUGUUUUUAAUUAAGCACAUUUCCGAUUACAAACCUUGAAUAAAUCUGUUAAUAUGUUGUGAUGUUUAUUUCUUACUGUUGUCUGCUAAAUCAAUCUGUGCCACUUUUCUUUUGAUUAUUGCCUUCCUGUUUUUGUUAUUACAGUCAGAAAACAUGGUUUUAGAAAAUCUCGACUUGGCGAACAGAAAAGACAUUUUCUUCUAUUUGCUGUCAGUGGUAACUGAGACUAAAU